AUGCCCAGGAAGAAGUCCGCCGCUCGCAAGGCCCGUGAGGAGGCUGUCGUCUCCGACGAAGUCGUCGCUCACCUCAAGAACACUACCUCCGCCCCAUUCGCCCCCGCUCCCGCUCCCGUGGAGAAGAAGACGAAGAAGGGAGGCAAUGGAUUCUUGGAUGAGUCGGAUGAGGAGGAUCUCGGGGAGUUGAAGAUUAACGAGGAUUACGCAAAGCGGUUCCAGCAUAACAAGGAACGUGAAGAACGCCAACGUCUCGAGGUGAAGCAUGCGCGUGAUCUCGUCAACGCGGAAGACCCUGAGGAUGAUGAAGAUUCUGAGACCGAUUCGGAAGACGAGACGGAGGAUGAGGAUGCAGAGUUGUUGACGCCGGCCGUUGAUGCCGCUAUCUUGAAGACGAUUGCGAAGAUUAGGUCGGGGGAUAAGGAGUUGUUCGACAAAGAUAAGCCAUUCAACUUUGAGGAGGCGGAAAGGGAACUUCAGAAGCAGAGGAAGGAGGCGAGAGAGAAGGCGAAGGAGAGUAAACCCAUGUUCCUCAAGGAUUACCACCGCAGAAAUCUUUUGGAGGGAGGGGGAGAUGAGGAUGAAGACAUGGCUGACGCGGACGCGGAUUUUGGUGCACAAAUGAGGGAGAAGUAUGAUAUGACCCACGUGCAGGAACAGGCGAAACUCAAGGCUGAGAUCUCGAGUGCGUUCCAUGCUGGUGCGGAGGAGGAUGAGGAUGAUGACGAUCUCCUCGUAGCGAGGAAGAAGGGAAACGAGGAGAUGGCGGACGAAGAGGAUGGGUACAAGAAGUUCUUGAUCGAAGCCGCUGGCGACGAGGAAUUGAAGCAAUGGCUCGACAAAGCGAAGAAGGAUAAGGAUAUCAAGGUCACCGAGGUCGCCUACGAUGACGAAGAGAAGGGUGAAGAGUUCUUGAUGAACUUCAUCAUGAACCGUGGAUGGAUGGAUAAGGAUGCUUCGAGAGUUCCCACGUACGACGAGAUCGUCCAGGAAGACGAAGAUGAAUUUGACGACCGCGUAGACCACUUCGAAAACGCCUACAACUUCCGCUACGAAGAAGCCGGCGCAGCAGACAUCGUCGGCCACGCCCGUAACAUAACUUCCGUCCGCCGCAAAGAUGACAAACGCAAAGCCGCACGCGACGCCCGCAACGAACGCAAAGAACUCGAGAAACAGCAGAAACUCGAAGAAUUGCGACGAUUGAAGAAUUUGAAGAGGAAGGAGAUUGAGGAGAAGUUGAAGAAGAUUGCGGAGAUUACGGGGAGUGAGACGGUGCCGUUUGAUGAUGUUGAUUUGGAGGGGGAGUUUGAUCCGGAGAGGUGGGAUCGGAAGAUGCAGGAGGCUUUUGAUGAUAAGUAUUAUGAGGGGAAGGAUACGAAGCCGACGUUUGAUGAUGAUAUUGAUAUCGAUGAUAUCGUGCCUGAAUUCAGCAAGAAGAACGCGAAGAACAAGCCGGCUACUAUGGUUGACGAGAAUGGGGAGGAAAUCAUCAUGGAUGCGGACUAUGCCGUUGAGGGCGAGAGAGCCAGAACCUCCCGCAAGGAAAAGAGAAAGGAGAUUCUGGACAAAAAGCGAAAACUCGACGACUAUAUUGACAACCACUACCAACUCGACUACGAAGACAUGAUCGGCGACCUCCCAACCCGCUUCAAAUACCGCACCGUCGAAUCCGAAGACUUCGGUCUCUCACCCGCCGAUAUCCUCCUCGCGGACGACACCCAACUCAACGAAUUCAUUGGUUUGAAGAAGUUGAAUCCGUUUAGGACGAGGGAGCAGGUGAUGAAGGAUAAGAGGAAGUAUGCGAAGAAGAAGAGGUUGCAGCAGUGGAGGCAGGAGGUGUUUGGGAAGGAGGUGGAGAAGGCGCAGAGGGAGAAGAUGAGGCAGCAGAGGGCUGCGGCGGAGGCGGAGGCGAAGGGGGAGGAUGUGGGUGAGGCGGUUGAGGGAGGAGAGGAGAAUGGGGAGCAGAGUGGGAAGAGGAAGAGGAGAAAGAAGAGUAAGAAGGCUGCUGUUGAGGAAUAG